AUGACUACAGAGGCCUUUCCCAAAGGCGCUGAGAGGACAAAAUGCCACCUCGCAAAAUACAAGUCCCUGCCACCUCGGGAACUGGAGGCCUUCAAGAAAGCCAAGGACAAAUUUGAGGACAUGAUGCUGUUGUCAGACCGAAAAUGCAGCACCAGGAUUUUCCACCGGAACUGGGAAGUCAAAGAGCUGUCGGUGCACGAUAGAGUCAUCCUGGUAGAGAAGGAGCUAGACUUUGCCACUAACGUGCUGGAGAACGUUGAGGACCCCAGUCUGUCCAAGCUGCUCUCAAGGCCGCUAGAAAUCCUGACGCAGAUCAGAGGGGACCUGAGGGACUGCACCAGACAAACUCAUUCUCAUCGACACUCCAGGAGGCUGAACAAUUGGCUCCAAAAUUUCCAUGAGAGCAAAGAGAUGGAAACACCUGGCUGCCUGGAAGCAUCUGUGAUCCUCAAUCUCUUCCGGCUGCUGAACGAAGACUUGAGAUGCGCAGCCUACAUGGAGCUCUGUGUGUAGCCAUCUGGUCUCUGCAGUGCCCGUGUCCACAUCUACUCUAGAGACUGGGGAGUCCUUAGCCUGAGAGCACUGCAACAUACUGGGAGAAGACAUGUGUGAACCAGGAACAUUCAUCUUCUCCCUCUGGCUUCUGAUCAUAGAUCCCCAAGCAAACUGAUUCCAUCCUUUUAUACCAAAGAAUUAUGCAACAGUUGGCCUCCAGGUUACUCCAAUUUCCAGCUGGUGCAGCACUCUAGGCUCCUUAGACUUCACUAGGAUUUGGUCCUCGGAGGAUAUUAUUUAUUGAAUGUAAUUGUAUUGUCACUAUAUGGAAGCAUUGCAGUCAGGGUAACAUGUCCCAAAAUAUUGGAAACAUUUAAUAAGCUU